AUGGCGACUGUUGCAGGAACUACUGGUUCUCCUUGUGGUGCAUGCAAGUUUCUUAGAAGAAAAUGUACUGCUGACUGCAUCUUUGCACCCUAUUUCUGCUCCGAGCAAGGCCCGGCUCGGUUUGCCGCCAUUCACAAGGUGUUCGGUGCCAGCAAUGUUUCUAAAUUGCUGCAUCAUGUGGCUGUGGCUGAUCGCUGUGAGACGGUGGUCACAAUUGCUUAUGAAGCUCAAGCUAGGAUCAGAGAUCCUGUUUAUGGAUGUGUUUCCCAUAUAUUUGCCUUACAACAGCAGGUUGCAUGCUUACAAGCACAAUUGAUGCAAGUAAAAGCUCAGAUGGCAGCACAAGGGUACAUGGACUCAAGAAAUCUUGAAAACCAAUGGUCUGCAAACAUGGCUGCAGGAGCAAUGGCGUAUCAGGAUUACAUGAAUGGUACUGGAAAUUUUAUGAACUGCAACAUAUCACCACAAAGUUCAAUGGAAUCCAUUGAUCACAACAAUGAAGGGAAUAUGGGGAUGCAAGAGAUUCAAAGUAGAGAUGAUGAUCAUCAUCAUGAUCAUGGGUUUUCAUUUCAACCUGCAGCAGCCGUUUACAGUAACAAAAAGAGACUUUCUGAUAGUGAUUUGGGUGAGCUUCAAGAACUUGCUGUUAGAAUGAUGAGGAACUGA